CCCCCCCCUCCUUUAGCUUCUCUCUUCUCUCCCAUCCUUGGCUUCUUCAUUUAAAUCCAUAUAAUACCCCAGCCUAUCCCCUUUCUUCUUCUCCCCUCUCAUCUUUUCACUUAUUGUCUCUUCCCCUCACAUCCCAACAUGUCUGAGCUGCGCUUCGACAACCAGACCGUCGUCGUGACGGGCGCUGGUGGUGGCUUGGGCAAGGCCUACGCUCUCUUCUUUGCCUCCCGGGGUGCCAACGUUGUCGUCAACGACCUGGGUGGCUCGCAUGCCGGCGAGGGCAAGUCCUCCAAGGCUGCCGAUGUGGUCGUCGAAGAAAUCAGAGCUGCCGGUGGCAAGGCCGUCGCGAACUACGACAGUGUCGAGAACGGUGAGGCCAUCAUCAACACCGCGAUCAAGAACUUUGGCCGUAUCGACGUCCUCCUCAACAACGCCGGCAUCCUGCGCGAUGUCAGUUUCAAGAACAUGAAAGACCAGGACUGGGAGCUCAUCUACAGAGUGCACACAUACGGAGCAUACAAGUGCGCACGAGCGGCGUGGCCCCAUUUCCGGAAACAGAAGUAUGGCCGUGUCAUCAACACGGCCUCAUCUGCUGGUCUUUUCGGUAGCUUUGGCCAGGCAAACUACUCUGCUGCCAAACUGGGUCAGGUUGGAUUCACGGAGACACUGGCGAAGGAAGGUGCCAAGUACAACAUUCUCGCGAACGUCAUCGCGCCUAUUGCUGCGAGCCGCAUGACGGCCACCGUUAUGCCCCCGGAUGUUCUGGAGAACCUCAAGCCCGACUGGGUCGUUCCCCUGGUGGCCGCUUUGGUCCACUCUUCUAACACGACCGAAUCGGGCGGCAUCUAUGAGGUCGGUGGUGGACACGUGGCCAAGCUGCGCUGGGAGCGCGCCAAGGGUGCUCUGCUGAAGACUGAUGCUUCUUUGACUCCUGGUGCCAUCGUCCGGAAGUGGAACGAUGUUAACGACUUCUCCCAGCCCAGCUACCCCACCGGACCCGCGGACUUCAUGUCUCUGUUGGAGGACGGCCUGAAGGCACCCAGUGCUCCCGCGGGCGAGGAGCCCAGUUUUAAGGGCAAGGUUGCUCUCGUCACUGGUGGUGGCAAUGGCUUGGGUCGUGCCUACUGUCUUCAAUUCGCCAAGCUUGGCGCCGCCGUUGUUGUGAACGAUCUUGUCGACCCCGAGCCGGUCGUUCAGGAGAUCAAGCAGAUGGGCGGCCAGGCUGUUGGAAACAAGGCCUCUUGCGAGGACGGUGACAACGUCGUCAAGACAGCCAUCGACACGUUCGGCCGGAUCGACAUCCUGGUCAACAACGCUGGUAUCCUGCGGGACAAGGCCUUCACGAACAUGAACGAUGACCUGUGGGAGCCUGUUCUCAACGUCCACCUGCGCGGUACCUACAAGGUGACCAAGGCUGCCUGGCCUUACAUGCUGAAGCAGAAGUACGGCCGUAUUGUCAACACCGCCAGCACCAGCGGUAUCUACGGAAACUUCGGACAGGCCAACUAUGCCGCAGCGAAACUCGGUAUCCUCGGUUUCUCCCGCACUCUGGCCCUCGAGGGCGCCAAGUACAACAUCAAGGUCAACACCAUCGCCCCCAAUGCGGGCACGAACAUGACCCGCACGAUCAUGCCCGAGGAAAUGGUCCAGGCCUUCAAGCCCGACUACGUUGCGCCCUUGGUGGUGCUGCUCUGCUCCGACGUGGUACCGGAGCCCGGCACCAAGGGUCUGUACGAGUGUGGCAGCGGCUGGUUCUCCUGCACUCGCUGGCAGCGUGCGGGUGGCCACGGAUUCCCCGUCGAUGUCAAGCUGACCCCCGAGGAAGUGCUCAAGAACUGGGAGAAGAUCACCAACUUCGACGACGGCCGCGCGGACCACCCCGAGGACGGCCAGGCCGGUGCGGAGAAGAUCAUGGCCAACAUGAGCAACCGCAGCGGCGGAUCAGGCAACGAGAUCUUGACGGCCAUCGAGGCGGCCAAGCAGGCCACCACUGAGGGCACUCCCUUCGACUAUGUCGACCGCGACGUCAUCCUCUACAACCUCAGCUUGGGCGCCAAGCGUACCGAUCUGCCUCUGGUGUACGAGAACAACGAUCACUUCCAGGCCCUCCCCACGUACGGCGUGGUCCCCUGGUUCAACACCGCCCACCCCUGGAACAUGGAUGACAUCGUGGCCAACUUUUCGCCGAUGAUGCUGCUGCACGGCGAGCAGUACCUGGAGAUCCGGAAGUUCCCCAUCCCGACGGCGGCCAAGACCCUGACCUUCCCCAAGCUGAUCGACGUGGUGGACAAGGGCAACGCGGCCCUGGUCGUGUCGGGCUACACCACCAAGGAUGCCAACACCGGGGAGGAGUUGUUCUACAACGAGUCGACCGUGUUCAUCCGGGGCAGCGGCGGCUUUGGCGGCUCGCCCAAGCCCACUGCGCGCCGGCCCAAGGCCGCCACCGCGGCGUACAAGGCGCCUCAGCGCAAGCCCGACGUGGUUGUGGAGGAGAAGACUUCUGAAGACCAGGCGGCGCUCUACCGGCUCAACGGCGACCGCAACCCCCUCCACAUCGACCCGGAGUUCAGUAAGGUGGGCGGGUUCAAGACGCCGAUCCUACACGGGCUCUGCUCGCUCGGAGUGGCCGGCAAGCAUGUGUUCAGCAAGUUCGGCGCGUUCAAGAACCUCAAGGUCCGCUUCUCAGGAGUGGUCCUGCCGGGCCAGACCCUGAAGACGGAGAUGUGGAAGGAGGGCAACGUGGUGCUCUUCCAGGCGACGGUGGUGGAGACGGGCAAGCCUGCCAUCUCGGGGGCGGGAGCGGAGCUGCUGGAGGGCGCCAAGGCGAAGCUGUAAAAGGCGAACGAUGACGAUGUAACCAGAAUGUAUAUAACGAUGCGUUGUUGAAGCAAUAUGACUGUUCCAUGUU